UUCGACUUUAAGAUCACGCACCGCGCGGGAACGCUUAAUAGAGCAGUAGACGCUUUAAGUAAAAGAUUUAAUUUACGUAAAGAGGGUUAUAAGAAACUAUAUAACGCUUUACUUAAGAAGAUACCUAAUAGUAGUCUAAAGUAUAACUAG